UGUCUGUGGGGUGGUGAGCUCCAUCCAAGGGCAUUGUGGUGAUUCCAAGCAAGCAAGGAGCCAGCUCAUUCACAGCUGUACAGAGUUAAAGCCCUGAUUUAAAAGAAAAUGCCUGCUCAAAAUAAAGAUGAUGGAGGAUGGAAGAAGUUUUUUUGGAAUUCCGAUACGAGGGAGUGUCUCGGACGCACCGGUGGUAGUUGGGCAAAAAUCCUGCUGUUCUAUACCAUCUUUUAUGGUUGCCUGUCUGGAAUCUUCACUGGCACCAUCCAGGCACUACUUCUCACCUUGAAUAGCUACAAACCCAGCUGGCAGGACAGAAUUAGUUCUCCAGGACUUACCCACGCUCCUCGUUCAGAUAAAGGAGAUGUGAUCUUCGCCGUGAAUGAUGUUAAUACAUAUUUGAAAUACAUAAACUCCAUAAAAAAUUUCCUUGAGGCUUACAAUGAUGAAAUCCAGCGUGACCAACACAAGUUUGAGGACUGUGGAGACCAACCUGGGGGCUAUAAGAACAGGGGAGAUCUGGAUACUGAAAUAGGUAUUAGGAGGGCAUGUCGAUUCUCAAAGACACUUCUUGGGCCUUGCUCAGGCACUGAGGACCAGGAUUUUGGCUUCAGUGAGGGAAAACCCUGUUUGAUUGUCAAACUCAAUAGGAUUGUGUAUUUUAGACCAGAGCCCCCACAGUCAAAUGAGAGUAUCCCAGAGGAAGUCAAGUCCAAAGUCCAACCUAAUGUAAUACCUCUCCACUGCACAAGUAAGAAAAAAGAAGAAGAAGUUUUGCUUGGGCCAGUGGCAUACUAUGGCAUUGGAGAAGGCUUCCCUCUCCAGUAUUAUCCUUACUACGGCAAGCUCCUGCACUCACACUACCUACAGCCUUUGGUGGCCAUUCAGUUCUUAAACAUAACCUUAAACCAAGAUAUACGUAUUGAGUGCAAAGUGUAUGGUGAGAACAUACUGCAGAGUGACAAGGAUCGUUCCCUGGGGCGUUUUGAAGUUAAAAUAAAGGUUAUCCACUUUUAACCUCCAUUAUAAGCACAGAACCUUUAAUUUCUCCCAGUUAUAAGGCAAAGUAAGAACCAUUUUUUUGACUUGAGAUAUACAACUACCAGACAAUUUCCCCAAUGGUCUUCCACAGUGUUACUGUGCGGAAGUGUUGAUCAAUACACAAAUGUCUCCUGUCAGAAAGUG